GGAUUGGAGAACUGUCAAAUCCGAUUUUUUAAUGGUUCAUUGGCGUUGAAUUUAGCCUUGAAGAUCUGACUCAUGAAUGGUGAAUUUGUGUUACAGGCUAUUCUAAUGUACUGAUAUUAGAAUAAUCCAUAAUGUGCCAUAUGCUGGUGAUACUAACCUAACUUCGUAUUGUACAAACGGCAGACGUCAAGUGUGUUAUCGAAAGCGGCUUUACCAAGUAUUUUUCAUACUUUGCAUUCCACUUUUGCGACUCUAUAUUCUUUAUAUUCACCAGCUUAUUUCUCUGUUUUGACAAUGUACCGGCGCUAUUGAACAAUGAAAUCCCUAAUCCACACACUGUCUCUUCUCCUGUGCCUGCAAAUCACGACAAGCCAAUUUUCUAAGUUUUCUAAAUUUUCCAAGUUUUCACUUGGGAAUUGGCAACGAAUGUGUCCCGAUAUGUAUCCAUACGAAUACAAAGGCUUUGCUCCAAUGGGAAACUACAGUGCAGGAACGUUUACAGAGAUGAGUUCAUUUACAAGUAUCGUCCAUUGCGUGACUGAAUGUUGCCAUGAUCUGACUUGCAACGUUAUUUUGAUGCAUAAUAAUACUUGCUAUCAUGUAUUAUGUAGAAGCAAUAAACUCUGUGCUCCGCUAUAUCGGCCUGACAAAGCUGAUAGCUAUAUUCCACCAACUAUGGUAUUAAUCAGACCUGUAGAAGGAGAUGGCCCAUGGGCAAAUUGGGUCGAAGAUAACGAGGAUACCAGUGCUUUGCUGAUGGCUGCCGCCGAUCAAAAUGAUUAUACAUAUAGAUCUGACAUUAACACCGAGUGUUCAUUUGAUUUGCAAGAAUGUGGAGAGAAUGAGGUUUGUGUAACUGGUGACAAGUCUCAAAAUGGAUUCUGUCAGUGUAUUGAUAAUUACAAGAGAACAUUGCAAGGAAUUUGCAAACCAACGGAUGAGCUCAAUGGUCUCAGGCAGACAGUUACCUCAGAUGUCACACAGGAGUCAAGCACAUCGGUGAAACCUCCAUUAAAAAAACUAUCAGUAUCAGCUGUAUCUAAGGAAGUUCAACUCCCAGAAAAUGAGGCCACAUUAACAGCAUAUACCUACCCGGCAGAACAAGGGAACGAGCAUUAUAAUUAUGUUUGGAGUUUAUUAAGUCAACCAGAAGGGCCACCUGGAACUAUAAUGGAUCAAAAUCGUGUCACAGUAAAGCUUAGCCAUCUUUCCGAGGGCUUAUAUAUGUUCAAAGUCGUUGUUAGCAGUCCUAAUGCCUAUGGAGAAGCAUAUGCAAAUGUCAGCGUUCUACCACCCAAACGAGUAAAUCAGGCACCAAUUGCUGUAAUAUCACCGGAAUCCCAAGUAGUGAAGUUACCUAAUACGGGAGCUGUGUUAGAUGGAUCGGCAAGUACGGACGACGACAAAGUGAUUUCACAUCACUGGGAGUUGCAGAAGGGUCCAAUUGGUUAUCAACCAGAACUUUUAGAUACCCCUACACUUCAGUUGAACAAUCUGAUUGCAGGAAACUAUACUUUCAAAUUAACAGUUGAAGACUCUGAUCAUAUAACAAACUUUACAACAGCUAACAUAACAGUAUUAAAGGUGAUUGAUUAUCCUCCAAGCGCAAAUGCUGGCGAGGAUAUUAUAAUCUAUUUACCUCAGAAUACUAUUACUCUGAAUGGUAAUUUGAGUACGGAUGAUAGAGGCAUUGUCAGUUGGGAAUGGACCAAAAGUCAAUCGGACCAAAACAAAGCUGUUGAUAUGCAGAACACUCGAACGCCGUACUUACAAUUAUCGAAUCUAGAGGAGGGAAGAUAUACCUUUGUUUUGAAGGUAAUGGAUGAUUCGGAACAAUCCUCGACGGCCGAAGUUCAUGUUUUUGUAAAAGCACCAACUAACAAACCGCCUAAUGCCGAUGCUGGGGAAGAUAUAAUUAUUGCUUUACCAGAGACUCACACAAGACUUAAUGGCAGCAAAAGUAAAGAUGACGUCAAAAUAACGUCCUAUCUCUGGGAGCAAGUGAGUGGGCCUAGCAAAGCAGUGAUAGUUGCUACUAACGAGUCCGUUACUAAUGUGACUGGAUUAACUAAAGGAGAAUACGUUUUUAAACUGAUUAUAGUUGAUGAUAAUGGGAAUAAAAAUUCAGACACUGUAAGAGUUACAGUAACACAAAAUAAAAACGCACCACCAAAAGCUAAUGCUGGUGGUGAUCAAGUACUUGUAGAACCUGUGAACAUAAUAGUAAUUAACGGAUCUCAAUCUAGCGAUGACCUAAGGGUUGGCCAAUGGUUAUGGACACGAGAUCCAUCGAGUCUUGCAAUCGGUACUGUGCUUGAGGGAAGUGAUAAAUCACCAAUUUUAAUGCUAUCCGACGUUGUUCCUGGUAGAUAUGUUUUUCGUUUGAAAGUGUCCGAUGAUCAAGGCUUGAGCAGCGAAGAUACUGUUUCAGUGAUUGUAAAACCAGAUACCCGCUUACUGAAUUUGGUUGAAUUAACUCUAAAUAUUGAGGCACGACUCCUUACAAAAUCACAGAACGAUUCUUUGGUAGUAAAACUACAAAUGUUACUCCAUGAUGAAGCUAACAUUGUUGUGCGCAAUAUAAGAGCAGAACCUCGUACCGGCAGAGCUGUUUUAGUGUUUUAUGUAAAUAAAGAUGGAGGAAAGUCAUUGAUGCCUGGACCAGAAGUUGUUCAAAGAUUAAAAGAAAAGUUGAGGCAAGACUCUGGCCUUCUGCAACUAUCAGUAGCCAGUGUAGAAACCGCUGUUUGUCAAAACAAAUGCUCAGGACAUGGUGUCUGCGAUGAAGGAAGUAGGCAAUGUCUGUGCGAAGCCUUCUGGAUGCAGAAUUUAAUUCAAAAGUAUUUUGGUAAUGGUGAAGCUAAUUGUGAUUGGAGCAUUUUAUAUGUUAUAAUAGCCCUACUUUCAUUGGUUAUAUGCUGGGUGGGAUGUAUCUGGGGUUUGAUAUGUUUAAUGCAACGAUUAUGCUUUGGUAAACGACGUGCCAGUCGAACUAAAAAAAAAACAGCACGUUACUCGCUUCUUCAAGGAGAACCUGAAGAUGACCCAAGUACAUAUUCGACUCACAACAAAAUAACGCCAUCAGAUUUUGAUACAGAUUCUGACGAUGUAUUGUUCGAAAGUCGUAAAGGAAAAGUCAGUACUCAUCUUAGAAAUGGUAAAUCCCGAAAUGGAUUUCUGAAAGUAGGUCCUAGAGUGAAAACAUGAGAUCUUAACAUCUGGCAAUGGCGCGGCCCAGUUGAUUAUUAAAAUGUUAAUAAAUAUUGAUGAAUUCCACCAAACAAUACUAGUCAGCUAUGCUAUGGUAGAAGGCAAUCAACGAACUCAAGCAGAGUAACGUUUUGUCAGGACUGACAGUUGAAAACGGGGUAAUAAUUUUGUGGUGUCCACAUAAUGUGGGAGACAUACACGGCUCCUUUAUUGUAUUUUAUAGACGUGAUAUACAAAUAAUAUAUUAAUUAUUAUACAUUUCAAUUAAGAGCUUUUAUUAAAAUAUAAAGAUACGUUGAAUGUUUCGAAAAGUGUGAUCGAUAUAAAGAUUUGGCACAAUACAUUGUGCAAAAGUAUACUAGUACUGAUCAGAAUAUGAGUUCUAAUUUAUGUUGUGUUAACAUAUUCUACCAGUUAAUACUGGUAUACAUACAUUUAAGUUACAAGGAAAUGAAGAAUGUAUUUAUACAAUAUAGAAUAUGUAAAAUAGAAUUGCUUGUGGAGAUUGAA